UUUAUAGAGCCUCAAGACAAAUUUUGGUUGCACCCACAAAACCAUUGGGAGCAUGGAGUGUCAAUUUCGUGCGUGCCUAUGCCGAUUAUCCCGAUCACAUAAAAGUGUCAUUGCCUGCUUUGUCACCCACCAUGGAACAGGGUACAAUUGUCAGUUGGGAAAAGAAGGAAGGUGAUAAGCUCAAUGAAGGUGACCUCUUGGCUGAAAUUGAAACCGACAAGGCAACUAUGGGCUUUGAAACACCCGAAGAAGGUUACUUGGCCAAAAUCAUUAUUCCUGCCGGUACCAAGGAUGUGGCAAUUGGCAAAUUGAUGUGCAUCAUUGUACAAGAAGAAUCCGAUGUUGCUGCAUUUAAGGAUUUCAAGGAUACCGGAGCUGCCGCUGCACCACCUAAACCUGCUGCCGCCCCAGCACCUGCAGCUUCUGCCCCACCACCACCUCCACCACCAGUAGUUGCUGCUGCUCCUCCACCACCACCUCCACCAGCCGCUGCACCAGCCGGAGGUAGGCCUAUGACCGCCGUUGAACAACGUGGUCCACGUGUUUACGCCAGUCCAAUGGCUAAGAAAUUGGCCGAAGCUCAGCAAUUACGCCUAGAAGGUCGUGGCAGUGGUGUUUAUGGCUCAAUAAAAUCCUCCGAUCUUGCAGGCAUGGCUGCUGCUCCCUCGGUUGGUGCCGCUGCCCCAGCUCCAGUUGCUCCCCAGGGUGGCUACAUUGACAUACCCGUUAGUAACAUUAGAGGUGUUAUUGCCAAACGUCUGUUGGAAUCUAAGCAACAAAUACCUCACUACUAUGUUACUGUUGAAUGUCAAGUGGAUAAUCUUAUGAAACUCCGCGAGAAAAUCAAUAAGAAAUAUGAGAAACAAGGUGUUAAAGUAUCCGUCAAUGAUUUCAUUAUUAAGGCCACUGCCAUUGCUUGUCGCAAGGUGCCAGAAUCCAAUAGCUAUUGGAUGGGCAAUGUUAUUAGACAGUUCGACAAUGUUGAUGUCUCCGUUGCCGUUUCAACCGAUCGCGGCCUAAUUACCCCAAUUGUUUUCAGUGCUGAUCGCAAGGGUGUCAUUGACAUUUCAAAGGAAAUUAAAGAAUUGGCCGUAAAGGCUAGAGAAAACAAACUCAAACCACAAGAAUUCCAAGGCGGCACUGUUAGUGUAUCCAAUUUGGGAAUGUUUGGCGUUUCACAAUUUUGUGCUGUAAUCAAUCCACCACAGUCUUGCAUUUUAGCAGUAGGCACCACUUCCAAGAAACUUUUGCCUGAUCCCGACAGUCUUAAAGGCUUUAAGGAAGUUAAUGUAAUGAACGUAACCCUAUCCGCUGAUCACAGAACUGUUGAUGGUGCUGUUGCAGCUAAAUGGUUGCAAUAUUUCCGUGACUUUAUUGAAGAUCCAGCCAAUAUGAUUUUAUAAAUA